AACCACAGGGCCUGCUCAUGCUAUAGUAUCCCAGAAAUGAGCGUGGAGGAGAUAUUUCAGCUAAUUCAGUGCCGCGGAAGCGUCACUCAGGAAAAAAAAGAGGUGGACUUGGGGCGCUUGCGUGUGCUUCUGAGUCAAAACAAGGGGGUCGUGGAGGCCGUCCGCUUGCUCCUGCAAGCAGGGGCGUCGCCCGCGGCUGUCGACAAGGCGGGCUACACGCCCUUGCACUGGGCCGCAGGGAAAGGCCACGAGAAGGUGGUGGAGGAUCUCUUGAAGCACAAUGCCGACGCCAACGCCGCGGACAAAAACGGACUCACACCUCUUCAUCGAGCCGCCUACUGGGGUCAAACAGCGUGCAUCAAGGAGCUGCUGUACAAGGGGGGGGCAGAUCCCAACGUCCAGGACCACUUGCAGCACACGCCCUUCAUGAUGGCUGCCUGGUUUGGGAAGAUCGAUAGCGCGCGCGAGAUCUUCGAGAAGCUAGGCCUGCCGAUCGAGCGCACUCCAACAACCGCGACGCUCGGCGGUGCCUCCAGCCAAGGAGACGGCGGGCGCGCGUCAUCGCCGUCAGGACCGUAG